AUGGGGGUCGAGUAUGUUCGUUCAGUACAUGGUCUGCUCAGUAUUAUCAUUAUGGUAUGUUUGGUAUCCUUUAUCAUUUGAUAGAAUUAUAGAGCUUGUUUUAUAGUGGUACUAGGACGUUAUUGUUGAGGUUUUCCAAGAAAACGACCAAAGAAAGCCUUAAAACAAUAAAGGUCAAUAAAACUGUAGAAUUUUCCGAAAUGACUGGAAAUUAACAUUAAUGUUAUUGUACAGCAGUAGUAAAGUAAAAUGACUUUAGAUACUGGGUUCAGCGGCGAUGUUCGCCGGUUACUUUGUGUGGAACGAUGGCUCAGUGUACUUCUUGUUCUACCUUUCUAGCGUACCAUUAGUCACACUCAUUCUUAUCUUAUUAGUUGUAUGUUGGUUUACUACUGCGAUGAUUAUGGCCGCUCAAGUAAUUGGAAAAGAUUUGUUAGAAAAAAUGGGUAAAGCCAAGGUAACCGCGAUUACAAUAGAGUAAUUUUGAUGACUGUAUAUUUUAUGCAGUAAGAAGAAACUGCAGGUUUUGAAUGUAAUUUUUAUACAUCAUCUAAGUAGAGUAAUAUAUACUACUUACCUAAAGUCAUAUGCGUUAAAAGUUUUUACAUUUGUUACAGGUACUAAUCAUACACACUAUAACAGCAAUACUAAUCUUGGGAGCGGCUGUUUGUAACUGUUACAAUCUGUCCAGUACAGAAAAAGGGUACUUUUACUACCCGCGGAUGAUAGCUGUAGUUGUAAGUUUUUAAACUUCUAGUUUUGAACUUUUAGGCACUUUCUUAUUAUUUGAAGACCCAAAAUAUGACCUUAUAAACGCAUAGUCAAACUAAUGUAUAAACAAUUUUCACCUUCAUUUUACAAUCGCUUAUUUAGGUAUGUUGCUUCCUGAUGUUGGUGGGAUAUAUCGGACAGAUUGCCUUUGUAAUCAUGCAGUAA